UUGGUUUUGGAGUGAUGAAUUUCUUUGAAAUAAAAAAUAUUUCUUGAUCAAUAAAAAAAUGGUAAAUUCACGGAAAUUUCCUUGACUCAUCAACCUACGGAUGGUGAUUAAGCGAGAAGGUCGAACGCUGUGGCCGCGCGUAGGCGGAAACUAAAGAUGGUGACGCGAUUUCGAUUUGACAGCGCAAGGGAGAUUGAUUCGUUGCUUAGAAUUCGAUAGAUCUCCGCGUCGCUCUACUCACCAAGUGUCAUUUGAGUGAAGAUGUAGUUUGAUUCGAUCACCCUCAACGGAGAAAUUAAUUGUGGAGUGCAUUUAACCGUCCUGGGUAUGAAUGGUCAGGUGCAGUCUUCGCGCGAGAGGUUAGGUAGUAGCUGGUUUAAUGGGCUGAUCAAGCCUGAACAUGGGAGUAUGCAACCAUUGAUCCCAGCAGUCCCCGAAAAUGAAUCGACGUACGAUGACCACAGUAUCUUGGCGGAGGUCGAUGGCAAAGUUAAAACCAGGCUUUUGUCAAUGUGGAACAAUGUUAAAUAUGGAUGGACCGUGAAAAUAAAGACGAACUUCUCAAAAGAAUCCCCAGUCUGGCUUCUUGGGUUAUGUUACCAGAAAAAAUCGGAGGACUCGCUGGAACGAGCCUCCGAGGCUGGGGUUCUCGACAUGGAGACCGGUGGUAACGCGUCUCAGGAGGUGUCGUCCGGUAACCUCGAAGAAGGAAUCGAUGGUUUCAAGCCAGACUUCAUCUCCAGGCUGUGGCUGACCUACCGUCGAGAGUUCCCAAUUUUAACGGGUCCAUCCACAUCGGUCUAUACGACAGAUUGUGGUUGGGGUUGCAUGUUGCGCAGUGGACAGAUGAUGAUGGCGCAGGCACUGGUCUGUCAUAUUCUGGGCAGAGAAUGGAGAUGGAAACCUGAUCAAAAGUCCAUCGAAGAUGCGAAGCAUCGAAUGAUCAUAAGGUGGUUCGGUGAUCAACCGGGUUCUCGAUCGCCUCUUUCGAUUCAUACACUUGUAAAACAUGGGGAGGAUUCUGGAAAGCGUGCAGGGGACUGGUAUGGACCGGCAUCGGUUGCUCACAUCUUGAAACAAGCUGUCAACGAUGCUGCUCUUAGUCACAAAGAGUUCUCAGAGCUGGCUGUAUACGUUGCUCAGGAUUGCGCAGUUUAUUUAGAUGACGUCGAGGCUGCGUGUAAAGCACCGGACGGAAGCUGGCGGUCGUUGAUACUUCUCGUACCACUGAGGCUCGGAGCCGACAAGCUGAAUUCCAGCUAUAGCGGGUGCCUGACGGGUUUAUUGACUCUCAAGGAUUGCAUCGGCAUAAUCGGAGGCCGACCACGGCACUCGCUCUACUUCAUAGGGUACCAGGAGGACAAGCUGAUCCACCUUGACCCACACUACUGCCAGGAGACCGUAGACGUUUCCAACGAGUAUUUCUCCCUGACCAGUUUUCACUGCACCUCACCGAGGAAGAUGCUGCUCGCGAAAAUGGAUCCCAGCUGCUGCGUUGGAUUCUACUUACGGGACAAACAGUCCUUCGAUGGCUUCGUCGAGAAAGUCGAGCCGUUAAUUUUGCCGCAACAUGACACCGUCAACUAUCCCUUGUUCCUAUUCUGCAACGGCAGCGGCGACGCGAUUCGCCAAUGCGUCGAGGCGGAGGAAGGUUCUCCGAUGCCGUCGAGCCCGUCCGAAGAGGUGGACAUCCUCGCGGACGAUUCUCACCACGAGUGCGAGGAGUUCGAACUUCUGUGAACGAUAAACAAAAACGGUAUAUCUUUGUAAUAUAUCGAGCCGCUCGUAUUGUACUUAAAAGGAUCGACGAGCGUCUCUCCGGCGCCGUUAUAUAUAAGAUCCUUCGGCUAUUACUUAUCGUUAGCUGUCCCGGCGACUGGAAUGUCAUCCGAACGAUCGUUCGAACGAUUCGCUCGAGUGCUACAUACUUCUAGAUCAUAUCUAGACUAAAAAAGGAAAAGGGAAAAAAGAGACUAAAUCGCGAAUCGAUGUCUUCGCCUUGCGCGCCGCGAGGUGUCCGUUGAAAGAUAGUCUCAACGAAGUCGAUGGGAGGAAAUCGCGGAGUGCUUUCGUUAUCGCAGUUUAAUGUCACCUAUGUCCCUCGUGUGAGCCUAAAGAGAGAAGGGCACCGAUUGGCGCGAAGAAUUUGGAAGGGCAAGAAAAAGAAACCGAUAACGCGGAGACUGAAUUCUGCGAAAAACUGAUAGUGAAAUUAAUCUAAUUCGCCGGUGGGAGUCGCGUUCGUUUGCAAAAGAUCUUAUUCCCCCCACCUUGCGGCGUUUUAUAGUAGAAGCAACAAGUACUUAUUAUACUCGUAAAUUAUUUAUUUAUUAUCGAUCGGUCGCCUCCGUGAUCGUUAUUUUUUAACACGCGUUCAAUUUAAGCUAACUCGAAGAUAAGGUGGAUUUAAGAGAGAGAGAGAGAGAGAGAUACGAGAGGACCGAUCAUCCGAAAGAAUCAAUUUUCACUGCAUAUGAUUUGCAUUAUACACGGAUUGAAUACGUAGAUGAGUUUGUUUAGGCGAUUGUUUUUUUUUUUCCCCGAGAAG